CAUAGAAGAGCAAACGAGUGCGCUUCUAUCAUCGUACACGUUUGUGCUGUACAUCUGCAUACGUGCGAUCAUCAGCGCCAUCCCUUUCAUUUAGGUCACUCUCUCUCCUUAGCUUUCUUUCUCUAUAUAAACAAACGUAACAUUACACCAUAACCAGUGUUCUCGCUUUCUCUUCUCUCUAACCUCAAAGAGCAGAGAGAGGCUUAAGCGUUCAAUAAUGACAGAAUCACAUGCUUCGGAGGAAAUGGCGAGAGAAGAAAAAGGUGACUACCCCAUUAAGGUGGCAAAUGGGAUCCGAAACCAAAACGGCGAUUUCGAUCUGAGUGAUCCUCCACCGUUUAAGAUAGCUGAGAUCCGAGCCGCCAUUCCUAAGCAUUGUUGGGUUAAGAAUCCAUGGCGCUCACUCAGCUAUGUUUUCAGAGAUCUCUUUAUCAUUUUUGCAUUGGCCUUUGCCGCUUUCUAUUCCGAUACUUGGGUCGUUUGGCCAUUUUACUGGGCUGCUCAAGGAACCAUGUUCUGGGCUCUCUUCGUUCUCGGCCACGAUUGUGGCCAUGGAAGCUUUUCAAACAGUCCUGAGCUGAAUAGCGCUGUGGGUCAUAUUCUGCAUUCUGCAAUCCUUGUACCUUACAAUGGAUGGAGAAUUAGCCAUAGAACUCAUCAUCAAAACCAUGGCCAUGUUGAGAAUGACGAGUCAUGGGUUCCGUUGACUGAGAAGAUGUACAAGCAGUUGGAUGAGAAAACAAAGAGGCUGAGAUUCAAAGUCCCAUUUCCCUUAUUUGCAUACCCUUUUUAUCUGUGGAAUAGAAGUCCAGGAAAAGAAGGCUCUCAUUUCAAUCCUUACAGCAAAUUAUUUACUCCAAGUGAGAGAAACCAAAUAAUAACUUCAACGGUUUGCUGGUCAACAAUGGCUGCUUUGCUUGUCUGUUUGUCCUUCAUAGUAGGUCCUGUUCAAGUUCUCAUGCUUUAUGUUGUUCCUUAUUGGAUAUUUGUGAUGUGGCUAGACAUUGUCACUUACUUGCAUCACCAUGGUUAUGAGCAAAAACUCCCUUGGUACCGGGGCAAGGAAUGGAGUUACCUAAGGGGAGGGCUAACAACAGUAGACCGUGACUAUGGAAUAUUUAACAAUAUCCACCAUGACAUUGGAACUCAUGUUAUACACCAUCUCUUCCCUCAAAUCCCACACUACCAUCUUGUGGAAGCUACCAAGGCAGCCAAGCCAGUGCUGGGAAAGUAUUACAGGGAGCCUAGAAAGUCAGGGCCAAUUCCAGUCCACUUGAUCGAGAAUCUAGUUAAGAGCAUCAGCCAGGACCACUAUGUGAGUGACAAUGGCGAAGUAGUAUACUACCAGACAGACCCAGAACUUAAUAAUAAUAAUAAUAAAAAAAUAUCUGAGGCCAAGCAAAUGUAGUAUUGAUUCUUUUGGACCCCAUUUGCGUAGCAGCAGGGGAUUCCAUUUAUAUUAUAUAUUAUAUAUGGUACUGGUCUUCUUCAUGUGGUUGUAGCCUAGGCUAGCGAGACUUUUCUUCUGUCUUUUUUUUUUUUUUUGUAAAACUAAUGUAUUCCAUUCUCUAAUUACAAAGGUAAAAGAAUGGCCUUUUGGUUUUUGAUAA